AUGGGCCCCUCUCAGCCCCUGGUCCUGGUGUUCCUGGUGCUGGGCUGCUGCUCAGCUGCCCCACGCCAGCACCAGCCAACCUUUGUGGUCUUCCCCAGGGACCUGAGGACGACCAACCUCACUGACAUCCAGCUGGCACAGGAAUACCUGUACCGCUACGGCUACACGCGGGUGGCUGAGAUGCAGGGGGAGAAGCUGUCCCUGCGCCCCGCGCUGCUGCUGCUCCAGAAGCAGCUGUCCCUGCCCCAGACGGGGGAGUUGGACAGCAAAACCCUGGAGGCCAUUCGGGCCCCGCGCUGCGGCGUCCCAGACCUGGGCAGAUUCCAGACCUUCGAGGGCGACCUCAAGUGGCACCACCGCAACAUCACGUACUGGAUCCAGAGCUACUCGGAAGACUUGCCGCGCGAGGUGAUCGAGGACGCCUUCGCCCGGGCCUUCGCGGUGUGGAGCGCGGUGACCCCGCUCAGCUUCACCCGCGUGUACGGCCGCGAGGCCGACAUCGUCAUCCAGUUCGGCGUGGCGGUGGUUCCCACCUAUUUCGGAAACGCCAAUGGCGCGCCGUGCCACUUCCCCUUCACCUUCGAGGGCCGCACGUACCGGGCCUGCACCACGGACGGACGCACGGACGACGCCCCGUGGUGCAGCACCACGGCCAACUACGACACCGACCGCCAGUUCGGCUUCUGCCCCAGCGAGAGGCUCUACACGCAGCAUGGCAACGCGGAUGGCAAGCCCUGCGUGUUUCCAUUCAUCUUCGAGGGCCGCUCCUACUCCGCCUGCACCACCGCGGGCCGCUCCGACGGCUACCGCUGGUGCGCCACCACGGCCAACUACGACCAGGACAAGCUGUAUGGCUUCUGUCCCACCCGAGCUGACUCCACUGUGAUCGGGGGCAACGCGGCGGGAGAGCUGUGCACCUUCCCCUUCACCUUCCUGGGCAAGGACUACUCCACUUGUACCAGCGAGGGGCGCAGCGAUGGGCGCCUCUGGUGCGCCACCACCUCCAGCUUCGACAAUGACAAGAAGUGGGGCUUUUGCCCUGAUCAAGGGUACAGCCUGUUCCUAGUGGCAGCCCAUGAGUUUGGACAUGCGCUGGGCUUAGAUCACUCAUCUGUGCCAGAGGCUCUCAUGUACCCCAUGUACCGUUUCCUUGAGGGCUCCCCCCUGCAUGAGGACGAUGUAAAGGGCAUCCAGCAUCUCUACGGUCCUGGCCCUGCACCAGGUCCAAGGCCUCCAACCACCGCUGCACCUGAGCCACAGCCCACGGCACCCUUAACAGCCUGCCCCAGCCUGCCUCCCACUGCCUACCCCACAUCCGGCCCUACAGGGCCCCCCUCAGCUGGCCCUACAAGGCCCCCCACGGCCGGGCCUACUGGCCCCCCGACGGCUGGCCCUUCCCAGGCUCCUACAGCGCCUGUGGACCCGGCCGACGAUCCCUGCCAGGUGCACAUUUUUGAUGCCAUCGCGGAGAUCGGAUCCGUCCUGCAUUUCUUCAAGGAGGGGCGGUACUGGCGACUGACCUCGGCCGGAGGGCGCCGGCUGCAGGGUCCCUUCCGGAUCGCCGACACCUGGCCGGCGCUGCCCGCCAGGCUGGACUCCGCGUUUGAGGAUCCGCUGUCCAAGAAGAUUUUCUUUUUCUCGGGACGCCACGUGUGGGUGUACUCGGGCGCGUCGGUGCUGGGCCCGAGGCGCCUGGACAAGCUGGGCCUGGGCCCCGAGGUGGCCCGCGUGGCCGGGGUCCUCCCCCGCGGAGGGGGGAAGGCGCUGCUGUUCGCGGGCCAGCGCUUCUGGAGGCUGGACCUGAAGAUGCAGAAGGUGGAUCCCCAGAGCGCUACUGACUUGGACAGGAUGUUCCCCGGGGUGCCCUGGAACACGCACGACAUCUUCCAGUACCGAGAAAAAGCCUACUUCUGUCAAGACCGUUUCUUCUGGCGUGUGAGUUCCCGCGAAGAGGUGAACCAGGUGGAUCAAGUGGGCUACGUGACCUUUGACAUCCUGCAGUGCCCUGAGGAGUAGGGCUUCCUUCUUGCUUCAGCGGCACCGCAUGGGUCUCUACCAGGACCAUUCUCAUGGGGAGGAAUGAGCCAGUUUGCUGGAUACAAACUGGUGAUGUGUUCUGGAGGCCGGAAGGAGGAGAGGUGGGCUGGGCCUUCUCUUCACCCCUUCCUUUUUUGUUGGUCUGUUUCUAAUAAAUUUAGAUGGUGUAACCU